AUGAUGGACAAAAAAAGUGCCAAUGGCUUUCAGACAACAGGCAGUGAAGGUGGUGUUCAGAGAAAGCAACUACCCUACUCAGUAGAAACUCCUUAUGGCUUCCACCUGGACUUGGAUUUUCUCAAAUAUGUUGAUGAUAUUGAAAAAGGCAAUACUAUCAAAAGAGUCCACAUCCAACGUCGGAUCAAGGGUCCUCCCAAAUUCAGUACUCUGCCCAGAAAUUUUAGUCUGCCAGGGCAGGCGAUCCAGCCAGCCUCUAAAGAUAGUACCUGGUCUGGGACAUCCACCUUGGGUCCAAGACCUAAAUCGCGGCUAACAGAGGUUACACAGCUCUCAGAUUUGAGGGCAAAUGAAGGAGUAACUUUAACAAGAGGGACAACUAUCCAAGCAACAAGUGUUGUUUCAGCUAGGCUUCGGGAUGAAGGUGUUUUGGGGCCUCACAGUAUUGAAGAGAAAAUGAUGGGCACUCAAAAUCGUCCAAACUUGCUUCGAGCAUCAAGUAUGCCUGUCACAUUACAACAGCGGAAAGGUUCUGAUUCAAGUAGUCCAGAUCGUAUUGUCGUAACACCAGAGAAUGGCUCAACUGAAAACGUAUUCAGAGCAUCACCUGAUAUCACAGAAAGAAGAUGUGCUACACAAGAACGAGUGGGAAUUCACCAGCAGAUCACAGUAGCUUUGAAGCGAGUCAGAGAGCUUGAAGAACAGGUCAAAACCAUCCCUGAACUUAAGGCUCAAAUCUGCUCACUAAGGAUGGAGAGAGAGAAGCUACUAUGUCAACUUAAGGCCCAAGAAAAGGCCCAGGCUUCGCAACCACAUGCAAGCAGACCAGAGUUUAAUCUGUCUCUUACGUCACAACUCAAUCAGAAUUUGACAAGACAGACAGUAAGUGAUGAAAAGACACAGGGUAGCACAGGGGAAAAUAUUAUGGUUCAAAAAGAGCCAGUAAAUCAAGGAUUUGUUAUUAGUUUAUCUCAGCAAGAAUGUAACAUUCAAACAGAACUGCCAGAAAAAUGUGACCAUCAGAAAGAGACUGUAGGGAGUCCACUUGAACAUGCAGGUCAGGAAGAUGGUAAUUCAACAAAAGGUGAUAAUUUGGGGGACUCAGGUAAUGUACAGAAUUUGAAUGAAAAGCUAGUAUUACUGGAGGCUAAACUUCUUAAGGCUACUCAAGAACUAGAGAGAACUAAUGAUUUGUUGAAAGAACAAAUAGUGGAGAACCAAGUGAAAGAGGAGAAAAUACUACAGCUGAGUGAGGGAAUACAAUUAGAUGUGUGUGCAACAGAAGCACAUAGCAGACCAAGAAGAGAAAGUAUAGAUACAGGAACAGAGACUGAGAGAGUUGACUUUGUUAACCAGGAGACAGAGACAGAAUCACCUGGUACAGUAGAUCAAGGUACCGAUACACAAAGAAUAUGUAUUGAAGUAUGUUCCCCCAUACCAAGAUCUGGAAGUAUUAAUGAAGAAAUUAAAACUUCCAAAAUUGACACUCAGGACAGAGUGACAGAAGUUGGGGCAGAAGGUUUACUUUUUAGCCCUCAACCGCUUGCAGUCAACAGGAUGGAACAGGGUACAGUAACUGAAAGACCAACUACAAAUGAUCAAAUGACUGAGACAAAUGUAGCUGGAGCAGAGGAAGAGACAGACCAUCCUCAGAGGUCAAGGGCCAGCAGUGUCGAUAGGGGGACAGAGACAGAGAGGGUCGACACAGUGGACCGGGUGACAGAAACAGAGGUAGCAAAGAUGAAUGACCAGCAUACUGAGACAGACGUAGAAAAACUGGAAGACAACAUUUUAGUUAGAAAUGUCGAAACAGAAAGCCAGGACAUUGAAAAUACAGGAAAACGAAGAGAUGAGGUUCAUAUUAGUGCCAGCAAAAGUGAAGAAUGCAAUGAAUCAAAUGAAGUUGUUUCGCAGGAAAUAAAGAUGUUAGAGAAUUUUGAAGUUAAGAUAGAUAGUUCUGUUUCAGUUAAAAGGAUUGAAGGAAAAAAUACAGGUUCAGAUUUUGUCAACCAGACUGAAGGUAAAAGUCCCCAAACUGAAACAGUAGAACAUGUAGAAGCUACAACAGAGGCAAGCAUUGAGCAGAAUAUUAAAAAGGGAGAAUUGUUAGAGAGUAUUGAAACAGUGAAGGUUUCACAAAGUGCUGGAGAGACUACGGGUAAUGUCAACGUUGUAGUAGCAUCAGAGACUGCCACGGUGAAGAAGGGAGUCCCAAUCAGACCUCAGAGAGGCCGCAGGACAUCCUCAGAUCAGUCACAACCAACAGUCGUUCAACUUCAAGCUGCUCCUGUGUGUCCUCCUCAUAUGGAAUCCAGUGAAAUCCAAGAUCAGCAGUCAAAGACUGUGUCUCAACCCUCCCAAGAUCGCUCUGAACCGCAGAUUAAACAUGAAUCCCAAUCGCAGUCUUUGGACAAUACUAUGGAGCCAUCAUCUGAAAAAAAAUCGCUAUCACAAACUCAAUCUGAGAUUAAAAGCCCAUCAUCAAGUUCCAAGGACAUCCAAACCCGACCAAAAUCUAUCCAAGCUAAAUCUAAGACGACAGUUCGACGGGAUUCAAAGGAUCUGAAAGCUAUCGUAUCACAGCCUUUAAGACGUGAAUCUGGAGAUGGAAACACUCACCCUGCACGCCGGCCAUCGGGUGAAGUCCAACCUCAGUCUCGGAGAUUGUCCGAUGAAAGUCAACCCCUUAAGAAAGGCCCCGAAUUGCAGACAUUACGCAGAGGCUCCAGUGAAACAACCCAGCAUCGGACUUCCGGGGAAGCCAUGGCCUCACGCCGCGAUAGUGACGAUGUGCAGCAGGUACGCAGAGGCUCAAGUGAGUCGCCAACUUCGCCUGCGGCUUUAGGUCAAGUCGUAACACGCAUAACUGGGCUUCUGGGAGAGCAAUGGGCUCAAUUGGGGAGCAGCUCUGGAGCGCAACCAAUGGUCAGCCAGCAGCAAAGUAACAGCACACAAAAACAGACAGCAGGGAAAAGCACAGAGACAGGAAAGGGAGCCUCAGCCAAGCCUGCGGGAAAAACACCAACUGCAGGAAAACCAGCUGGGAAGCAAGGCCCUUCAAAAAUGAGCUCUAUUCAAAGUCAAUUAGUCAGUUCCCUUAGUGUUCUUUCUGCCUUUUACUCACCUGGCCAAAAAGCCGCCUCCAACAAACAGCAAGAACAAGGUCUCAAAUCUAUUAUGAAGAAAGAUGGUGUUGCUGACAAGCAAGGGAACAAGGGAACCAAGAAAAACCUCAAGUUUGUCGGGGUGAACGGAGGGUAUGAGAGCACGUCAAGCGAUGAGUCCAGUGGAGAUGAGAAGGCAAAACUAGAUGUCGAAGGAGAGGGGGCCAGCUCAGAGAAAGAACAGGAAAAAGACAAGGAGCCUGCAUCAGCAGAAAAGCCCAAGGAGGAAGCAGAUGCACUGGAGAAAGAGGCUGAAAUCUUGCAUGGUGAAAAGGGUGCAGUAGCAGCACAGAAAGAGACUGCAAAAGACCUACUUGAUUCAGAAGAGAGCCAUGUGCUCCUGGGGGAAGAGGCUGAAGGGGAAAAAGUUGAGAAGAGCUUCAUUGAUGCUUGCCUUUAUGUAAAGGAUCGCAUGGAAGAAGUUACAUCUCCGGAUAAAGAAAUGCGGCAAGUUUUAGUGGUUCUUUACCAGGAAUGGUUCAAAGUUUCCAGUCAGAAAACUUCGCAGGCCGAUACCGUCCGAUUAUACCUGCGCCAAGUGGGCUUGACCACACCGACUCUUCUGCCAUAUGUAGUCAACCUGACAGACGGCAACGGUAAUAUGGCUCUUCACUACAGUGUGUCACAUUCAAACUUCUCCGUGGUCAAACUGCUGCUUGAUACAGGACUGUGUGAAGCAGACAAUGUGAACAAGGCAGGUUACACUCCAGUGAUGCUCGCUGCACUGACAGCAGCUGAGAGUCCUGAUGAUUUGGAGGUCGCACAACAGCUGCUGAGACUUGGUGAUGUUAACGCAUGCUCUAGACAGAUGGGUCAGACAGCGCUAAUGCUUGCUGUGAGCCACGGCCGCCUUGCCAUGGUGAAGCUACUGCUGAGUUGUGGCGCAGAUGUAAAUGCUCAGGAUUUCGAUGGCUCCACAGCCUUGAUGUGCGCCAGUGAGCACGGCCACAUUCACAUUGCCCGCCUGCUGCUGGAGACAGGUCACUGUGACACCAGCCUCACAGAUAAGCACGGACAAAAUGCGAGGGAAGUGGCAGAAGGAUGUUCUCACCUCGAUGUUGCUGACCUCAUCAAGGCACAUGAAAAGGCUGAGUCUGGCCAGUGA